GGUCCAAUCACCGUAUAGGUUGGACGUAUGCUUGCAUGGGUGAGUUACACUACCCCGGCGCUCCUAGCGUCGACGAUGAAAGGCAGUACCGGGCUCCUUUCCGCCGAGCCCCCCAGUACAGAUGGCCGGCACCUCAACCCCCUCAACCCUCAGCGUUCGCACCCUGGAGGAGGGCCCCAGCGCCCCCGAGGCCUCCAGAUUAUAGACGCAGUGCUUCUUACCCUGGAAAACCAGACGAACCUUACCAGGACCGUGGCGGUCUAGACAACAUGCGGUCUCUAGAACAUUACCUGACAGAUAUCAUGAGAGCUGAUACUUCAGACCAUUUGAAAGUCAAGUCUCCAUUCUUCCCCGGUGUGGAAGACGGCGGUGUCGCAAGCGCCGCUGGCGCUGGAUCACCUUCGGGACCCGCUGAUCAGACCCAGGAUGUAGUGUCGAGGCUCAGUGCUGCCGGACUGUCGAUGUGCGUCAGCGCUCUCGGCUCGCCGGCACGCUCGUCCCCCGUGUCUGCGGGAUCUGAGCACGGAGAACGGUUCAGUCGGAAGGUGUUUGUUGGUGGACUACCGCCGGAUAUUGAUGAAGAUGAAAUCACGUCAUCGUUCAGACGCUUCGGGCCGCUGGUCGUGGACUGGCCACACAAGGCCGAGAGCAAGAGUUAUUUUCCGCCCAAGGGAUACGCGUUUCUGCUGUUCCAAGAUGAGAGUUCAGUAGCUGCACUAAUGGAGGCCUGUAUCACCGAUGACGACAAGUUGUACCUGUGCGUCUCAUCUCCAACGAUCAGAGACAAGCCGGUCCAGAUCAGACCUUGGAGACUGGCGGAUGCUGAUUUUGUCUUAGACGCUAGCAUGCCCUUGGACCCUCGGAAGACUGUCUUCGUUGGGGGUGUCCCUCGUCCCUUGAAGGCUGUCGAGUUGGCGAUGAUAAUGGACCGGUUGUACGGCGGCGUUUGUUACGCUGGCAUCGACACUGAUCCAGAGCUCAAGUAUCCUAAGGGCGCCGGUCGAGUGGCGUUUUCCAACCAGCAGUCUUACAUAGCGGCCAUUUCUGCGCGUUUUGUUCAACUGCAACACGGAGACAUCGAUAAGCGAGUCGAGGUGAAGCCCUACGUGCUCGAUGAUCAGAUGUGCGAUGAGUGCGCUGGAGCUCGUUGUGGGUCGAAGUUUGCGCCCUUCUUCUGCGCCAACGUUACUUGCUUGCAGUACUACUGCGAGCACUGCUGGGCGACCAUACACUCUCGUCCCGGCCGCGAGUUCCACAAGCCUCUGGUGAAGGAGGGAGCCGACCGGCCUCGCGCCGUGCCCUUUCGCUGGUGUUAG